GAUAAAGUCAAAGAAAACUUUGAAGGGAUAGACCCAAUUUGUUUUUCUAAAACGAAAGAGUUCGCAGUGAACACCGGGACAGUGAGUCUGAGACUGAGAGGAUGUCUAGGAAUGUGUUUUCAAAAGGAAUACUCCCACAUUGUCAGAAAUGCCACCGAGCUUUGAGAUGGACCAACCAGAUGGAAACAUUUGUGACCACAGUCAGAGGUCAGAUAAAAAUUCCAAAGAGACAGAUGUCAGCACACGCUAAACCAGUCCUACAGAAGCCGCCACCAAUCAAGUUUAAGUCAGCUCCUCCACCAGAGGCGAAAUCAAAUGAAUUAAGCACACUUUUAAAAGUGGUUUUAGGCAUGUUUCCCCUAACUGCCUAUGGACUGGCUUACUGGCAGUGGCAAAGAAGAAAAUGGAAGAUCAAUCUGUUGAAGACCAUUGACGAGAGAACAGCAGCUGACCCUGUACCACUCACUGAUUUAUUGGACACAGCUGAUAUGAAUGAUUUGGACUAUACAAAGGUAUGGUUGGAGGGUGAAUUUGACCACAGUCGGGAGGUCCUGAUAGGUUACCGCCCAAACUUCCAGCCUGAUAGGACCCCAAAAGGGUUCAAAGCCAACUUUGGUUUGUUGGUUGUGACUCCUUUUAAACUGAAGGACACAGGACAUGAAGUCUUAGUCAAUAGAGGCUGGGUUCCUGUGGCAUGGGAGAAUCCGGAGACCAGAAAAGAAGGGCAGAUAACUGGGAAAGUCAAGAUAUACGGGAUGAUAAGAGCUCCAGAGAGGAGGAAUCCUUUAGAUGUAAACCCCACCCAGGAUCCCAAGAAUCCCAGACUCUUCAGUAACAGAGACAUUAAUGCUAUUGCUAGUUACUUAGGAACUGAUCCUGUGUUUGUAGACUCUGAUUUAAAGAGCAGUGUAGAGGGUGGACCUAUAGGGGGACAAACUAAUAUCAAGUUCAACAACAGACAUAUGGAGUAUGUCCUCACGUGGCUGUCUCUGGCUAUUGGUAUGUCCGUUCUUUGGAGAAACCAAGCUUUCCCUCGGGCACUUACAAAGAGAUACACAAGAACAGUUUGAUAAUAUUUAUUUGUCUGUUUUAUUAUUAAAGUUUUUUUUGUAAAACCCAUGUCGUUGAUUUGUUUUAU